UUCUGUACAACCCCCCACGCCACCAAAGGCCAAGGGCUCUUCCCGCAUUCCGCCGCCCCUUCGCCACCACCAAGGGGCUCUUCCCAUACUCCGCCGCCCCUUCGCCACCACCAAGACACAACUUUGCAUAUAUCCCUCCCCAAAUUGGACUCCUCAUAUUGCUUACUCGAAACUAAUCAAAACCCUUCACAAACCCCUCAAUGGCCGCCGCCGCCGCCUCGCCGGCGAGAUUCUAUGGUGUUAACAUCAGCUCGUUCGCGAAAUCUACUCCCCGCUCUUCCAUUCGAUGUCACAAUUUCUUCGUUGCACUAAGCCCCUCCUCUCCGUCUCCAUUCACUGAGAGCACCUCUACAAAGCGAUAUCGGAGAGACAGCUGGGCAUACGGCUCCGCUGACCUAGCGGCCCGCUUUUCGUCUUCGCCGCUUUGUGACAAGGAGAACGAAAUUGCUCUCCAGCUCCCCGAGCUCAAGCGACUCCUAGAGACCCUUAAAGCCGCCAAAAAGUCAUGCAGCGAUGGCGGAGGAGGAGGAGGAGGGCGGCCAGGGAGCGUGGUGCUGGUCGGAACCGGGCCUGGAGACCCAGAGCUACUGACCCUCAAGGCGGUUUGGGCUAUAGAGCGUGCUGAUCUCAUUCUCUACGACCGCCUCGUCUCCAACGAUGUACUGAGUCUAGUUGGAGGGAACGCUAGGCUUCUCUACGUUGGCAAGACUGCCGGGUAUCACAGCCGGACGCAGGAGGAGAUUCAUGAAUUGCUGCUUAAUUUUGCUGAGGCUGGUGCAAAUGUCGUGAGGUUGAAAGGAGGGGAUCCUUUGGUGUUUGGCAGAGGUGGAGAGGAGAUGGAUUUUUUGCAACGGCAGGGAAUAGAAGUUAAAGUUAUUCCAGGGAUAACUUCUGCUUCUGGAAUAGCAGCAGAGCUUGGGAUCCCAUUGACACAUAGAGGCAUUUCAAAUAGCGUUAGAUUCUUGACUGGGCACUCAAGGAAUGGUGGUACUGAUCCCUUAUAUGUGGCGGAGAAUGCUGCAGACCCUGAAUCAACUUUGGUUAUCUACAUGGGCUUGUCUACUCUUCCUGGCCUUGCCUCAAAGUUAAUGAAGCAUGGCUUGUCACCUAAGACGCCAGCCGUUGCUGUAGAGCGAGGGACCACUCCUCAACAACAAACAGUGUUUGCCGAGUUAGAGAAACUUGUCUCUGAAGUGAAAUUAGCCAAUUUAGUUUCUCCAACUUUGAUCAUAAUUGGUCAGGUGGUCGCCCUGUCCCCUCUCUGGCCUCGAUCCUCUGAAGAACAAUCAGAGUUGCAGAUGAGGCAAUCAUGCAGCACACGCCAGUAGCUACAAAUUUUUUUUUUCAGUGAAUCCUUCCAUUGCCUCAGAGAUGAAAGAUAUUUUCUUUUUAUCAUGAUUUAAUUCUGCGGCACAAGGCAACACUAUGGCUUCCUUUGGGACGGCUUUAUUACUGCUUCUUAAAGUUGUUUUCUAGUAUAAAAAUUUAAAUUUUUUGUACUAAAAAGCUGCUUUAAGAUGCAAAAAGAAAGCGGUCCCAAACGAACUAAUUUUAAGGUUGAGAAGUGGUUUAUUAUUUGGCAGGCUCAUCACAUCACCUCUGCUGUUCAUGCUAGUUUUGUAGCAGGUGCAUAAAUGGGUUUGUUUAGUCCCAAAAUUUUCAUGUAGAAAUUUCUUUUCCACUCCGCCUGAGUUGAAGUUGCAAUCCCUCCAAGCAGUUUGCUUGUGUUUACUGGAACUUGGGUCAUAUUGAUCAAAUUGUUGUACUUGUCACUGUGAUUCUCUCGUGUUCUGACUUGAAUUAUGCUGAUUGCUUCUAUAGAAAUAUCAUCAAAAUAAUCGUCAUUUA